AUGAAAGAACCAAAGAAGCGAGGGGAGCAAGCCUCGGGGGACCCUGUGGCUGCUCGCCCCCCCGUAGACGAGAAGAACGAAGAGAAGCCCGCCCCCGCCGCAGAGAAAAAGGAGGGAAAAAAAGGCAAGUAUCGACGAGACAAACCUUGGGACACAGACGAUGUCGAUCACUGGAAAAUUGAGGAGUUCAAACCGGAACACAACCCCGGGGGCAUGCUGGAGGAAAGCAGCUUCGCCUGUUUGUUUCCGCAGUACCGCGAGAAAUACUUGAAGGAAGUAUGGCCCGAAGUGAAGCGAGCUCUCGGCCAGCACUUUGUGAAGGCUGAACUCGACUUAGUCGAAGGUUCCAUGACUGUACGCACGACGAAGAAAACGUACGAUCCGUACAUCAUCAUCAAGGCGCGCGACAUGAUCAAGCUCCUCGCGCGGAGUGUCCCCAUCGCGCAAGCGCGGAAAAUUCUCGAUGAUGGAAUGUUCUGCGACAUCAUCAAGAUCGGUGGCAUGGUCAGAAACAAAGAAAAGUUCGUAAAAAGACGGCAGCGGCUAGUGGGCCCUAACGGCUCGACCCUGAAAGCCAUCGAACUCCUCACUAAGUGCUACGUCCUCGUUCAAGGCCAAACCGUCUCGGUUAUGGGCACUCACAAAGGAAUCAAAGUUGUUCAGCGCCUGGUAGAAGACUGCAUGAAGAACAUCCACCCUGUGUACCACAUAAAGGAGUUGAUGAUUAAGCGCGAACUGGAGAAGGAUCCCGCGCUCGUCGCGGAGAACUGGGAACGAUUUCUUCCUCAAUUCAAGAAGCGUAACGUCCAGCGAAAGGCUCGGCGCGCGGAAGUGAAGAAGAAGAACAAGAGCCUCUUCCCCCCCGAGCAGACGCCGAGGAAGGAGGAUCUGCUGCUCGAAUCUGGCGAGUACUUUGUCACGGAGGAACAGAAACAGAUGAAGAAGGCGAAGGAAGUGCUCGAAAAGCGGGAGCUGCGAACAGCCGAGCGAAAACGCGAGCGGCAGAGAGCCUUCGAACCAUCCGCGGAGAACUCUGCCAAGAAGCGUCGAGCGAACUUCUCGGAUGCUGCAGGGGACAACGACUCAACGGAUUCCGCGUCGGUCGCGGCGAUCGCAGAACGCCUGCAAGCACAAAAGAAGAAAGGAGCGAAGAAGUCAGGAGGAGGUGCAGCUCACUUGCUCUGA